GCGAUCGACGAGAGGAGAAAUUAAAAAAGAAGGAAGAGGAAGAAGUGAAAAAUGGCAUGGCAUAAGAAGAAGAUGCGGUCCCAGGCUUUUGGGGGUGGUCCUCUGCUGUUUUUCCCAUUGGCGUUUUAAUGGGAAUUAGUUUGAAGGCGAGGACCACACCCCCUGCUUUCCUGCUUUUCCUGCUCCUCUUCUUCUUCCUCUCCUCAGUUCAUUCGUUAGUCGGUUCUCUCUGUCUCUCUCCCGCGCACAGACAGACUGACUCGCUGUCUCUGCGCGUCUGCGGUGGAGAAGUAGAGCACAUCUGAAAAGUUGUGAGAAAGAGAGAAAGGAGGAGUUAGGAUUCGUGCCGAUCCCUGAUCUGCCACUCGACAAAAGAUGCAAUAAGAAAAAGGGUGGAGGAUGCAUGGCCAUGCGGCGGCUGUUGAGCAAGUCGUUUUACUGAAUGCCAAGAGAGAAAGAAAGAAAGAAUAAAGGAGAGGCUUUUGCUAAGGAUCUAUGUUAAUGCUUCCUAUAACCUCCUUUCUUAUACGAUCGAUCUUUGUGCCCUUUCUUUAUUUCUUCCUCUGUAUUUCAUAGAUUAGAUUUGAUGUAGAGGAAAAGCGCUACUGCUUGAUUCUCGUAUUUAAAUUCACUGGAAAGGUUAAUCUUCAGCGAGAUCUUUAAUAUAUCAUCUCUGUGCUUCAGUUAUAAUCCAUAUUUAGAUUUUUUUUUUUAUGUUUUUCAUAGCGCGCAGGAUUAGUUCUUGAUGGCUUAUGAUCACUCGACUCAUCGUCAGACCUUGGGUUACGCCGAUUUCUCCUCCGGCGCCGGCGCGAUGCGGGGGCUUCAGUCGAGCCAGGAGCCGUACGGCCUGCAACAAGCGACGGCUGCAGGAAUCGACAUCAUGGGGCGAGCCUUCUUCCCCCCGACGGCCGCUGCUGUCGCCGCCGCCAGCUGCUCCGUGUCGCCGCCGCUGAUCAGCGAGAAUAAUCUGUUGUUCCCGUGGCCGGCAGCGCCGCAGAAUCGGAUGCUCCUCCACGUCGAAUCCUCCUCCUCCUCCUCCUCAGCGAGGUUUCUGUUCGAGGCGGCGCCACCACCCCCUAACCACGCCCUAACCAAUUAUCCUCCGCCCCCGCUGCUGAAGAACUCCAAGUUCUUGAUCCCAGCUCGCGAGCUACUGAACGAGUUCUGCAAUCUCAAAACCGCCGGCGCCGGCGGAGCAUCCAAGCCCAUGGCCGGCAAAAGCAAUCCUCACUGGGAGGCAGGAAGGGCGCCCUCUACCUCCUCCAAUCCCAUCAACAAAUCAGCUCUCUACACCUCCACCAUCCACGAGCUUCAAGCGCGGAAGGCCAAACUCAUAGCCAUGCUCCAAGAGGUGGACAGUGGGUACAGGCGGUAUCGCGAGCAAAUGCUCGCUCUGGUGUCGUCGUUCGAGGCGGUGACCGGCGAGGGAUCGGCGGCGGUGUACUCCACCUUGGCGUCCAAGGUGAUGUCGAGGCACUUCCGGUGCCUGCGCGACGGGAUCGCAGAGCAGGUGCAGGCGAUGAGGGAGAAGGACGAUCGCGCGGUCGCGGCAGGGACCACCCGCGGCGAGACGCCGAGGCUGAAGCUGAUCGACCGGUGCCUCCGGCAGCACCCCGGCGUGAUGGAGAGCCACCCCUGGCGGCCGCAGAGGGGACUCCCCGAACGCUCCGUCGCCGUCCUCCGUGCAUGGCUCUUCGAGCACUUCCUCCACCCGUAUCCUAGCGACGUUGAUAAACAUAUAUUAGCUCGUAAAACUGGACUCUCCAGGAGUCAGGUAUCAAAUUGGUUCAUUAACGCUCGGGUACGGCUAUGGAAGCCCAUGGUGGAAGAGAUGUACAUGGAAGAAACAAAGGACGAGGAGUUCAUGCAAACGACUGAACUAGUGGAGAUGGAUGAGGAGCAGAAGCCGGGAGCAGGGCAGCUGCAGCUGCCCGACCCGGACUCGCUCUCCUGGGUCAUAAGUGGCCGCGACGGCGGCAGCAAGGGCUCCCGAAACCCUAGCGAGAGCUUCGGCGUCGUCGACAUCGACUUCGCGUCCUACGGCGGCGGUGGCGGCGGCGUGUCGCUGACGCUCGGCCUGCAGCAGCACGAUGGCGGCGGAGAGCACGCUGACCUCAUGGGAGCUCAUCAGUUGCUGCGAGACUUGGCGGGGUGAUAAUUAAAUCGAUUACAAGUCUAAUAAUGGAGAGAACAGAGUCAUUUGCUGAAGAUUUGAAGUGAUCGGCGAAGGAAACCGAAGGAUUCGUUUUUCCGAACAAAUAUUUUAAUUGAACGGAAAUCGAGGAAGAAAUCGGAGCAAUUAAUUAAGGAUCGUUGACGUUACCGC